UAAAAUAAAUUGUUUGUCGUUAGUAAUGACAAGUUUUAGGGGUGGUUUAUCAGGUCGAGGGGGUGGAAGUCCCCAAAAGCAAAAUUCAGAAAGUUCAAACUGGCGUUCACAUGAAGACGACAAUGGAGGGAAUUCUACAUGUCUGUAUAUCGAGCAAAAAGAUGUUGGUAGAAUCAUUGGCAAAGGUGGUUCAAAAAUUAGGGAUCUACAGAAUGAAAGUGGCGCUAAUAUAAAGAUAUACAGCAGAGAUGUUCAGCGAGGGGAACAAGUGAAAGUUGAGAUCACAGGGGAUCAAGACUGUCAAAUGAGAGCAAAAGACUUGAUUGAUAAUAUUACUGAGAACAGUGAUGGUUUUGGUGAUGAAGGAGGUUCCAAUUACAGGAAUGGAGAUGAAAACAGAAGUGGAGGCGACUUUGGCAGGCGUGGUGGCAGAGGUGGAGGUGGUGGAAGAUCGUGUUACAAGUGUGGGGAAGAAGGUCACAUAUCAAGAGACUGUACAAAAGAAGGAUAUAACAAUGACCGAGGUGGGGGAGGUGGAGGAAGAGCGUGUUACAAGUGUGGGGAAGAGGGUCACAUCUCACGUGACUGUACUAAAGGAAGCAGCAGUGAUGACCGAGGUGGAGGUGGAGGAAGUCGAUCAUGCUACAAGUGUGGAGAGGAAGGACACAUUUCACGCAACUGUUCAGGAAAUGGUCCAAAACAAACAGAUGAUUUUACGCAAUCUUCAAGAACUGGUGGCUUUGGGAGAGGGCGUGGUUUUGGUGCCAAAAGUUCCAAUGAAACUUCCAAUGGGUCCUCUGAUACAGAUUCAUUUUCACAACCUUUAAGAUCUGGGGGCUUUGGAAGAGGACGUGGAUUUGGCAGCCAAAACUAUGGUGAAAUUUCUAAUGGCGAUGCAGAUGCUGAACCAGCUAAACCAAAAAUCAACUGGGCUAUGAUCCGGGCUGAAAAGGAAAUCAAUGAAAAGAAAAAGUUUGAAGGUUUACCUCCAAUCAAAAAGGACUUCUACAUUGAGGAUCCGAAUGUGGCCAAUAUGUAUCCAGAGGAGGUGCACCAGUUCAGGAAGGAAAGCAAUAACAUCAUUGUAGACGGUGGUGAGAAACGAGUCCCCAAUCCAUGUCGAACCUUUGAAGAAGCUUUUUUUCACUAUCCUGAGAUUCUGGAUCAGAUAGACAAACAAGGAUUUGAAAAUCCAUCGCCUAUCCAGGCUCAGAGUUGGCCUAUUCUUUUACAAGGUUUAGAUUUGAUUGGUAUCGCACAGACGGGAACAGGCAAAACUUUAGCUUUUCUGUUGCCAGCCAUGAUUCACAUAGACAAUCAACCAGUUCCGAGGGUGGAAAGAGGAGGUCCUAAUGUCCUCAUCCUGGCUCCAACCCGUGAGCUGGCUCAACAGAUUCAGACCGAAAUCAAUAAGAUCAGUUACAAACGAAUUAGAAGUGUUGUUAUAUAUGGAGGAGGAAACAGAAGAGAACAAAUUAGUGUUGUCAAUAAAGGGGUAGAGAUUAUCGUGGCGACUCCUGGAAGACUCAAUGAUCUGAUCAUGAACAAUAUAGUCAAUGUGAAAAGUGUCACAUACCUUGUACUUGAUGAAGCCGACAGAAUGCUUGACAUGGGUUUUGAACCAGAAAUUAGAAAAAUCCUGUUGGACAUUCGCCGAGACAGGCAAACAGUAAUGACUAGUGCUACAUGGCCUGCCGAAGUCCAGCGUUUAGCUGACAUGUACAUGUCUAACCCAAUCCAUAUAUUUGUUGGAACUCUAGACUUGGCGGCUGUUCACAGUGUGACUCAGCUCAUAGAAAUCAUUCCCGAGGAAGAGAAACGGCAGAGAUUGCUGGAAUUUUUAACAGUAGAUCUUCAACCCACAGACAAAGCUCUUGUGUUUGUUGGCCGAAAAACAGUAGCAGAUGACAUUUCCAGUGAUCUUGCUAUGCAAGGUGUAGAGUGUCAGUGUAUCCAUGGUGACAGGGAGCAGUGUGAUCGUGAAGCCGCCCUGGAAGACUUCAAGACGAGCUCAGUGAGGAUUCUGAUAGCCACCGAUGUAGCGUCCAGGGGCCUCGAUGUUAAAGAUAUCACACAUGUGUUUAAUUACGACUUCCCAAGAAAUAUAGAAGAAUAUGUACACAGAAUAGGCAGAACUGGCAGGGCAGGGAGGACUGGAAUAGCCCUGACUUUGGUAACGAGAGGAGACUGGCGACAGGCACAGAAACUCAUUGACAUCAUGGCUGAAGCUGACCAGGAAAUUCCCGACGAGUUGUUGGAGAUGGCUGAACGAUACCAGUCCCACCAAGAAAAGAUGUCGUCAGAAGGCGGAGGAUUCCGGGGUCGGGGUCGAGGUCGAGGGGGAAGGUUUGGGGGUGGUAGAGGUGGUGGGGGAGAUCGAGGUGGAUUUGGCUUUGAUGACUUCGGGAGUCGAGGAUUUGGUGGGGGUGGGGGUGGCGGUCGAAAUCGCAGAGACAAGGAUAGAGAUUACGCCAGUGGUUGGUGAAGUUACAUUUUGUGAUGUUUGUUUUAUGUUAUACCAGUGAGGUAUCAUGACAUGGACGUCUUGAGUGAAUGUCUAGUGAGUUUAACCACCGAGGAGAACUUGGGGAUGGAUAUAUGAGCCAUAUGGAAUACAACUGUGCUUGUGUAACCUUCAUUCAAAAUACAGAACUGUGUUUACAGUGGAAUCUGCUAUAACAAACAUUUGUCCAUUAAUGGCACUUACUGUAUGUAAUCUGCAUGUAAGUUAUCUCUGUACAAAGGCCAUCUUUAAUAGGUUCCGAAGCUGACCUAUACAUGUAGAUUUCACUAUGUGAUAUUCUUGGUGAGUAGACACCGAUUUAUAUUUGGUGUCAGUUGUUUGUGGUUCUGUCUAGAAAUUUACUAGUGUUAAAAAUGACCUGACAUUUCUUUAAAAAAAAAAAAUUGAAAUUCAUUAUUAUGUGAUGUUCACACACAAUUGAUGUUUGGCAGACGCGUGAAAUUCAUGAUUUUUGUUACUUUGACACUCCAGUAUUUCAAGUGAUGGUCGUCAGUAACUAGUACCGACCACUGAUGACGGAACCUGUAUAGAAUAGAAAGUGGUGUACUUAUUUAUUACCUUGUUUGUAUUUCUAGACUAUCAGGCUUCACAAAUUUCACAGUUCAGGCCGUAUUAUUGGUGAAUGAUGUUGCUCUAUAUUUGUGUUAGUUUGAUGAGAUAUUUCCCUCAUUUUCAUGAAGGAUUCAUAGGCAAUGUGUACAUUUGAUUUUCCUAACAGAAGGUUAAGUCCCUUGUUGGGGUGCCAAGAACAGUUCAUACUUUUAACGCCCCACACAGAGUACACAUUUUAAAAGUCUAAUUAUGCCCUGCCAGUUACAUUUAUUCAUCUUGGUUUUCUUGUUUUUUAGAUUAGUAUAAAUGGCAGGAUCUGUGGUGACAAUGUUUUUAUGUAUGUCAAUUGUAACCUGAUCCAAUCAUUUCCUCUACUCCCAAAUUGUAUCUACAGCCAGCUGACACUGUUCAAGUUGUUAGGAGAAUCAUGUGUUGCUCUUGUUUCUGUGUGUGUAUAUAUAUAAAAUGUUCUAAUGACAAUAGGGCAAAUUGUUCAUAACCAUCUUUACAGUUUUCUCUUGGAAUAUUUUAUUUUACAGUUCACAACUUAAAUCAAGUGUUAAACGAUGGGCAUUGUUUCAGUACUGGUAAAUAUUACACUUGGUUUUUAGGUACUAGUUAUAGUCGAGACGAGAUGCUGAGCCAGGGAUGUAUGCAGCUUCCCACCAUUUAACCGGUUUAAGCAGUUAACCAGGAAAUAACAUUGGCUAAACGAUGUUUCCCAUACAAAAUCUCUUGGGCAAAGUUUGCUAAAAUGGCAUUCUCAUUAUGCAAUUAAUUCCACCGACUUGUGUAUGUGAUUUGUCAGCCCUACAAAAAUUGGAAGAUAUAAGACUAAAGUCGUUCUGAUUUAUGUGUUAUCACAGUACGAUUCGAUUGCAUGUGAUAGGUCGGUGCUUCUAAUCGUAUUAUGAGAAUGCCCCUUUAAACCUGACACUGGUUUACCCUUGCAUAAAAUCUGGCCUCCAUUCAGCAACACUGAACAACAUCAACAUUUGCAGACAAUGUGAUUGGUUGCUAGUAUGGUCAGUCAGAUAAAAAUGACACUUCAUCCAACAAUUUUUUUUUUCUUCUGUUCUAUCCGCUGAACUUUACCCUUGUUUAUUAACAAUGCAAGGCAAUUGUCAGUUGCAGAGUGUGAAUCAAAAUGUUGCAGUAUGUUUAUGUAUACACUGGAAAUUAAUUAGUUUCGACUUUGUGACAUGUACUUUGUAAGUAAUUGUGAAUAUGUUGUGGAUACAAAACACUGAAGUUAAUGAUCUGUGUAUGGAGAGGAUGUUGACUGACAGCAAGUGACACUGUUGUUAUAUCAGUAUUUAAAGUAUUCUAGGAAAAAAUAUAAAAAACAUAAAUGGAAGGAAGGAAAUGGUUUAUUUAAAGACGCACUCAACACAUUUCAUUUACGGUUAUAUGGCAUUGGACAUAUGGUUAAAGACCACACGGAUAUUGAGGGAGG